AGAAAUCCAAGAAUGAAUAAGCAAAGAAAUUCUGGUUCGUAGGGUUUUGGAGGGCUUACGCACUUCCCGCAAGCAUUUGCUCGCGCAGAGAAUACGAAUUUGAAAUUUCGCAUGGUCAGAGGAGACGAGUGAAAUUGCGCGUCGUUCGGAUCGAUGGGGGCGGAUCAGCAUCAUGACGGGAUGCUGCAGCGGCACGUGAUGGCACUGAUUGUUGGACAUUUGCGGGACUUGAAUCUCAUGCAGGCUGCCACAGCUGUAGCCAAUGCCACCAUGACGCCGCUUCAAACCGAGCUGCCGCCGAACAAGCUGUUUGACCUCGUGCGCAAGGGCAUGGCUGUAGAAAGAGAAGAGAUUGCAAGAGGGCAAGCUCCAGCGCCAAUAUCAGAUGGUGCCGGUGGUGGCGCAACCCUAGCUGGCUAUGGGCCUCUUCCAACUCUGUCGACAACCUCUCUUGAUUUUAGUGCAGUGCAGGAAACCAAAGGAAACACCGCCAGGUUCCCGAAACAUGAUUCGAGACAUAUCUCAGAGCACAAGAAUGCUGCAAGAUGUGCACGAUUCAGUCCUGAUGGACGGCUCGUAGCAACGGGAAGUGCAGAUACUUCUAUCAAACUUGUUGAGGUUGAAAAAGUUAGACAAAUGAUGACACCAGACGGAGUGUCAAGAGACACGCCUAUUCGACCCGUCAUCAGGACGUUUUAUGACCACAUUCAGCCAAUAAACGACCUCGACUUUCACCCUCAGUCAGCUGUCCUGAUCUCUGGUGCAAAAGAUCGCACAAUCAAGUUUUUUGACUUUGCAAAGUCAGCAGCGAGGCGAGCUUUUCGCGUAAUCCAGGAUACUCAUAAUGUGCGUUCUGUAGCCUUUCAUCCGUGUGGUGACUACUUACUUGCAGGAACUGAUCACCCGAUAGCCCACUUGUACGACGUGAACACCUUUCAGUGCUACCUAUCUUCCCAACUCCAGGAUUCUCACGUCGGUGGCGCCAUCAACCAGGUUCGAUAUUCAUCCAAUGGAGGAAUGUACGUGUCAGCAAGCAAAGAUGGUGGAGUAAGAAUCUGGGAUGGGGUUAGUGCACGUUGUGUGAGGGCGAUAAUUGGUGCCCAUGGUUCUGCCGAAGCCACAAGUGCCUCGUUCUCAAAGGAUCAACGGUAUGUGCUCUCAUGUGGAAAGGACUCCACCGUUAGAAUGUGGGAAGUUGCAACCGGACGCCAGGUUAAGCAGUAUGUUGGAGCCAAGCAUGCGCAGAUGCGUUGUCAGGCUGUUUUCUCGCAGAAAGAAGAGUUCAUACUUUGUGUUGAUGAGGCCAACAAUGAGGUGGUGGUUUGGGAUGCACUUUCGGGCGACGUGGUUUCGCGCUUACCUUCAAACCAUGCUGGGGCUCCGCGUUGGUUAGAGCACUCACCAAGCGAGGCCGCCUUUGUCACCUGUGGGACUGAUCGCUCUGUCCGUUUUUGGAAGGAAUCUUUUUGACACAUUGUUCAAUUUCUCCUGAAGUAGAACCAGUAAUUAGCAUACUCACUGUCGCUGUACAAUUUUUUAGUUGUAGAAGCCAAUUGAUCUCUUGUACAUAGCAUUAUACUAUGAGCUCCUUAGGUCAGCAAUCGCAGUUUGUAGUUUUCUGACCUAAGAUAAGCACUUGAAACCGGGACUCUAUUUGGAUCUUCUAAAUGCAUCAUGAUUUCUAAAGCUCUCCGACGAUUUGGGAUUCACCGUUGAUCUGACGAAGGACUCUCUGCAUGAUGCAGCAAUUUUCCGACCCGUCAGAAGUUCAGUGUACUUUGAAAUGUCCACACUGUCGUUAACGAUAAAUCAUUAUAAUGACCAAACUUUGGAAUUUCAGAUCUCAAAGUCA